UAUCAAGACACAAAAGCUUUUUGUUUACAGCGGAACAGAUGUUCAAUUGCCACGCCCCCUUACCCCUGAGGCCCUUAUUGAGGCUGCUGGUCGACAUGUGCUGUGCUGAAUAAUGCCAUUGACGAGAGCAGCAAAAAUCGGCAUUGCUUGGACUGGAAUCAGCAUCGCAGGCGUCUACGGCUUCGUUCUGUCGAAGCGAUCGGUCGAUGCGAGACGCUUGGAGUCUAUGAAAGUGCGCGAGCGUAUGAGAAAAUCCAAUUUCGGCGAAUACCCUUCCAGCGAAAGAUUCACCUAAGAACCUCCAGUUUAUUCCUCGCCUUAUCCCCAACUUUUUAAAACA